ACAAAUUCCAUCGCAAAACCAACUUUCAGAUGUUUGCUCCAGUGGAAUGGUUGACCUAGUCCAGAAUCAAUCCAGUAGCAGUAUGGAACAUGGCCAUUUGUCUUCUGUGAAUGAUGCAGAUGUGCAUGCAGAACAAGAACAUGAUGCUCAGGACACAAUGAACCAAAGCAUGGAUAUCAUCAUAUCAAAGAAACGCAAACUUAUGGCGCCCCCAUGGCAUGAAGAAGCCACACAUGUGUCCAAGCGGCACCAAACAUUGAGUGACGCUGGACAAGAAUGGGCCCAAGUUACGAAUCGGUUGUUUGAGAAGGGAGAAUAUGAGAUUUGGAAAGUUGAAUCUAUCCAACGGUUGCCUCAAUCAAAGAGAAGGCUGGUACAGACUGUGCAGUUUAUGCAACAGCUUUUUUGCCCUGCACCUGCGUUCAUUCUCUUGUCAGAUGUAGCAUCAAGCUAUGCUAGUGUGUUAUACUUUGUUGCUAGAGCAACAUUAGGCGAUGCAUGCAGCAUUACCCACAAGGGACAAGAUGCUUUGCCAUCAUCUUCGAUUGAGGUUAAUGAGUUAUUCGAAAAGAUCAAAACAAAUGAGAGAAGAAGGGACAGGCAGUAUGCUGAAGUUGCUAGAGAGUUAACAGAGAAGAUAAAGAAGGUGGAAGGUGACUUGGAAAGGUAAUGAACUACUUUUCUGCAUCUCCUUAG